AUCAGGCGGGGUGCGAGGGGCGGUUAUGAAUCUUCGACCAGCUUGCCGAAACGACCUCGUGUCAUCAGCCUCUCUUUCUUCCCCAUCACAUACGACAGAGAACAGAGAUUAAUCUGAUCGUUGGCCGUCCACGUAACUAAAAAAAUCUCUCUAAAGAGUGAAAGGACAAAAACAACAGCUUUUUACACUUCUUAAUAAGUCAACUAUCUCCCAAAAAACCUAGACCGGAAUCCUACCGAUCGGCCGACCUGAUAACUAUUUAUCGCUGAUAGAAGGACGGGGUCGUUUAGGGAAUUGAGUAGUGUGAAUGAACUGAGUUUCAUUCAUCAACUGAAGCUGGGGUUAAGACCUAAUAUUUUUCAAUCCGGUAAAUGGAUCGGGCGCAGAUAACAGUUGGUCCGGGAAUGGAUAUGCCGAUCAUGCACGAUAGUGAUCGAUACGAUUUAGUUCGAGACAUCGGGUCGGGUAAUUUUGGGGUUGCGCGGCUAAUGAGAGAUAAACAGACAAAAGAGCUUGUUGCUGUUAAGUAUAUUGAGCGAGGCGACAAGAUAGAUGAAAAUGUUCAAAGAGAAAUUAUCAAUCACCGUUCUUUGAGGCACCCUAAUAUUGUUAGAUUUAAAGAGGUCAUUCUAACACCAACUCAUUUGGCCAUUGUCAUGGAGUAUGCAUCUGGAGGAGAGCUUUUUGAGCGAAUAUGCAAAUGCAAUGCGGGACGCUUCAAUGAGGAUGAGGCUCGCUUUUUUUUUCAGCAACUUAUAUCUGGAGUCAGCUACUGUCACUCGAUGCAAAUAUGUCAUAGGGACUUGAAGCUGGAAAACACGCUGUUGGAUGGAAGCCCUGCUCCAAGACUCAAAAUCUGUGAUUUUGGGUAUUCUAAGUCUUCAUUGCUGCAUUCACAACCAAAAUCUACUGUUGGAACUCCUGCAUAUAUUGCUCCUGAGGUGUUACUUAGGAAAGAAUAUGAUGGCAAGAUUGCAGAUGUAUGGUCCUGCGGGGUCACUUUAUACGUGAUGCUCGUAGGUGCCUAUCCAUUUGAGGAUCCUGAAGAACCUAAGGACUUCCGAAAGACGAUUCAUAGAAUCUUAAAUGUUCAGUAUUCCAUUCCAGAGUAUGUUAAUAUUUCUGAGGAAUGUCGGCAGCUAAUUUCACGGAUCUUUGUUGCAGACCCUGCACAACGCAUCACCAUCCCAGAGAUUAGUAACCACUUGUGGUUCCUGAAGAACCUUCCGGCGGAUCUAAUGGAUGAAAGGACGAUGGGAAACCAGUUUGAAGAGCCCGAACAGCCCAUGCAAAAUCUGGAAGUCAUCAUGCAGAUAAUCUCAGAGGCAACUAUACCUCCCGCUGGUUUUUAUGAUCUGGGCAUUAUAGACGAUGACAUGGAAGACCUGGAUUCCGAUCCUGAUUUUGAUAUUGACAGCAGCGGAGAGGUCAUUUAUGCAAUGUGAUUGAGAUUUUUUAGUAGGACCGGAAUCUGCAAAAAAGGAAAAACGAGGGAACAUUUUCUUGGAUUAUGGCUGCUGGAAGACCUUUUUUAGAAGGACUCUGUGUAACAUCUUGCUAGAAGUAUGAUUCGAGUUUGGUCAUGGUUCGGUAUGUCAAUCAUGUUUUGGUUCAGAAUGGAAUUGUAUUCUGCUGUCUUGUAUCCUUCUGUCGAGACGAAAUUGAAGCAUGAUACUGUUAUAGGAGUACACAAGCUGGCAGUGGUUAAUGUAUGGCUUGUUAUAAAUUUGCUUAUAUGAAUCGUGAUGUAUGUACCAAUCUGUACUUAAUACCUAUCGCCUAUGGUUACACUGGAGAGUUCUUAUUAGCUUUUUUGUAUUAUUGGACAGUGCUGUGCUAGAUGACUUA